AUGGGUAGGAAAUUAUUCUUUGCUCAACGAGACAAGGUCGCCAAAGAGAAACGCCGCAAACAUUUGGAGCAAAGCGGUUAUGUUUUCGGAUCGCAUGCAAAUGAAGAUGCCAUUCGAGAUAAGGACAAGAGGAUACCUAAGACCAAGAAGGUGUACAAGCAACAUGCCGAACUUUGGAAGGACUUCCUUGAACAAAACGGGAUACGAGACUAUGACAAUUGCCCGGGCUCCAAGGCUCCAGAUCAUCAGCUCAUCAAGGAGUUUCUCCGUUGGUACAUUCAUUCCACCCGAGGACGACUAAGUAAAAAUGGGCGACCAGUGGUGAAGUCAGUUGUGUCGUGCGCAGAGCGUUUUUUUGGUGGCCUCGAAGAGGAUAUGCAAAUUAGCGUUGGACUGGUGGAUCGGAAAGAAAUAUUCAACUACGAGUUAGCGCUAAGCACAAAGCAGUGGAUCAAAAGAUCAUUGACAGCAGAAGGAACUAUUGAGAAUAUCAAUUCUCCAAACAAAAGCUUUACCAGGAAGGAUUUCAUCAGAACAGUCUCAUCUCUGUGGCAGACCGAUCAUCACCGCUUUAUACCGGGAUUGCUCAAAGUCAUCAUCUUGCUGGCUCUUCAACUAUAUCUCUUCACUGGAGCGAGAAUUGGAGCUUUUAUACCUUCCCAUGAAGAUAAAAUGCAAAGAGGUCUUCGAUACAAGCACAUCGAUCUAGUUUUGUUCCCAUCCUCUACAGUACCUUGGAAGGUAGAAUGGAGAGUCAAUCAAGUGUGGCUCAAAAAUAAUCGGGACCCCAAUUACACGGUAUUUGGGAUUGGGAUCCGUGACACCAAGAGACCACAAUUCGCAGCUGGGUAUAUUCUUCUGGCCCUUGCGCUUGAGCACGGUGCCCUUUUUGGCAUAAACACCGUGGAGGACCUAGCCCAGUAUGACCUUUCAAGCGGGCCGAUUCCGUUACGCUGGAAAGACGAAUAUCUGGAAAAGCCUGUCCUCAGAAAUGUCACAGCUGAUGGACCUCAAGAUAUUCCCCUCACCAAGGACGCGUUUGGAGAAUGCCUGGGUCGAGUACUUGCUGCUGCUGGAUAUACCGAGAGACCAAAAGUUCAUGAGAUUCGAAAGCAUCUUGGAAAAAAAAUUGAAGGUGAGCUUUUGGAGAAUUGCAGCCGCAGAGCCGAUUGGCUAAUACCUGGUACAGAAAAAAAAUAUGGAUCUGCGUUGGUCUCGCAAAUCUAUGGACAUAAAGGACCAGGAACAUAUCCAAAGGACUACUUAUUACACUGUUCGUCGAUUGACACAGUCUCAGCUGUUCUGGAUGAGAAGGAGCAAUCGGAUCAUAUCGAGUACUUCCAAGGGUUUGACCGAUUCUAUGAACCUGGAUUGCCAGGCGAACUACCUGCGCAAAUUGAAGAGAGUAUUCUGGAGAAGCCAGAACUAUUGGAAAUCAGAAGCCGGAUCGAGCAUCUUGAAUCCCAGAACCACGACAAGGAGCUCAUAAAGGCUGAGAGAAUGGACUACAAAAAGCUCUUGGUUCGACACCGCCUUGUUGAACUGAAAGAAUAUCAGACCCGCUGGGUCCAGGAAAGACGAGACCGAAAAAUCCUUAAUAGGGGAAAAGAAGAGCCGAUGGCUGUUGGUAAUGACGUUUCCACACGAGCUCAAGCCUUGGUGAUGCCCGAGAUUUCCCGAAUCGCAACGUUGAUGUCUUGCACCAAAGAGCUUUCUUUUGAAGAGAUGCUUCUUUUUGUGCAAGAUCUGAAAACUCAAUGUUCCCGUGACUUCAGCGUGGUUUACCUUCCAAGUGAAAGCCCUAUUCACGGUCUCUGCCCCGCGAGAAGUUGUCAAAAAGAGAUUGCAAGCCUAAAAAAAUCCGAAAGAAGUGCCCACAUUCAUGAAUGCGUUCGGCAUGAGAUGGCACUUGACCUUCAAGUUUCGGAAUCAGAGAUGCGCUUUUGUUACGAGUGUAUGAAAUGGUUUCUGUCAUGUCAAUGGCGAGAUCAUUGCACAUCACAUCUCCAGUCCUGGAGAACCCAACACUGCGAAGUGAUCAUAUACCGUCACACGGUCAUUCGACCGGGCUACUGCCCCUUUUGCUUACCAAAAACGGACCUUCUCCCUGAAGAUCGGUUACAGUAUUGGCUGCGAACUGAUAAUCUAAAGCGGCACAUUGAGGAAGAGCAUUUACCUGAGAUCCAGUGGCCCACAACAAAGCCUAUUUGCGGCUGCACCCAAACUUUUGAGAACGAUCAUGGCCUUCGACAUCAUUUGCACGACGUACAUGGGUUAAACAAAGCCAUAUGGCUAAAUCCAAAGCCUCCGAGGAAGAGGAAGCGUGUCUGCAAGGCGGAAUUGCAAACAGAGCCAGGGGAGCGCCCCAAGAAACCCCGCUUUUACCGUUAUCCGCCCCCGCGUCACGAACAUGAGCACCAACUGUCAGACAAAAUAUUUUUGCCCGUCCCCACAUUUCAUUCGUUCGUUGCAGAAUAUCCAGAUCAAUAUUACUGUUCGAGUCUCCGUGGCAGCCCAAGUGAAGGUAGCAAAAGCAGCUCAGUUGUGUCUUGCUUAUCCGCAGCAAGUUCUCCGCUCAGCUCUCGGCCAACAACCCCUGGACUGGAAGUGAUUGAUCCGAGAAUCCUCGAGCCUUCUGAGAUUGACAAAGAGCAAGCACGCCAGCCUUAUGAUCAAACCUCUAUGCAGCCGAACUCCCUUAAAAUCUCUCUGGAUAAGCAAGAGAUCAAAAUCAAACCAUUCGGUGAUGCGACAGGUUCACAAUCUCCCGUUCAAAGCCUUUCCGUUCAACCCAAUAUUGGUCUUGAGAUCAACGAUCCUCGGACUCUCGACCCUUCUGAUCUCCACGCAGAGGGUGCACGCCGACCUUGUGGUCACGUUGCCAGCCAGCUGAAUUCACUCAUGGUCUGUCCAAGUGAGGUUGAGACCAAACCAGUAUCGCUCAGUGGCACGACACAGGCGGAAUACUCCCCUACAUGCUUUGUCACCAGCGAAGCGAACGAGCAGCAGAAAGUUUUGCGAGAAGAUUGUCCCACGUCCACGUCAGCCAGCGAUGAAACUGUUCCUGCGGAACAUGAAUACGACUAUCCUAUCCAUAACCAGAUAGAAGUCGGUGAUGAAAACUUGCCUCAUUUCGAUGAAGCCCCUGUCACCAGAUCUCGUGGACGCCUGACUAGAGCGAAGGCAAGAUCACAGUCGCACCAUCCAGAUCACAAGCUGCGCCAGAGGCUCAAUACAAAGGAGACACAAAAGCUGCGUCAACUCAAAAGCCAAAAUCUGACUCUGAGGCAGAUUGGAAUUCACUUCGCAGACGUAGACACGGCUUUCCUGCGACACGUUUGGAUGGACAUAAAGCCUUCCCAGCGAUGCACCAGAUCACGGACUAAUCGGAUGGGCGGCUAA